AUGUUUCAGAAAUUCAUUUCAUAACUUAGCACAAUCAAAAAUGCUGAAAUUCCUUUUUAUUAUAGAAAUCAAUUUAAAAUCAAAGAAAAUUUCAUUAAUCCUAACAGCAAAUAUUUUGAUGGUAUUGUAUAAAAGUAAGAAAUCAAUAUAUUAAUAUAAAAGAUUAGUUUAAGAGGAAAAAUAAGGUAAAAAGAGAAAAUGGGAUAAGUAAUGUAAGAUGAUGUUCAUAUGGGUCUUAAGUAAGUAUUUUCAAUUGAAAAAUGAAAAAAUCAUUAACCCAAACAAAGAAGAAUGGGUUGAGCUUGCAAGUAUCUUAUAAACUGAUGAAACAAUUCUGAAAUAACGAUGGAUUACACUAAUAAACCCUGUAUAAAAGAGUAUUAAUUGGGAUUCUUAAGAAGAUGACAUAAUCCGUUCAUUGAUGAAGUAAAAAUAUAUAUAACAAAAUAGUGAAUAAGAUGAGAAACAUAUAUGGACAUUUAUAGCUUUGGAGUUAUAUAAUAAAAAUGGUGGAUAAUUUAUAAGAACUCCUAAAUAAGUUAGAGAAAGAUGGAUGAAUUAUUUAAACCCAAAAUUGAAUAAGUAAGUAUAAGCCUAUAUAAAUUAGAACUAAUUGGACAUAAACUGAAGACCUUCAAUUAUUGACUAAUAUUGUAAAAAAUGGUAAGAGAUGGUCAUAACUAUCAACUAUAUUACAAGGAAGAACAGAAAAUUAAGUGAAAAAUAGGUAUUCAAUUAUAUAUAUAUUAAGAUUCAAAAGUUUAAUGUAGAAGAUAUACAAAGAUGAAGAAGAUGAAGAAUUAGAUGAGCUUUAAGCUAUAUAAGAUUAUCUAAAAAAAUUAGGAGUUUCAUAUGAAUAAGUUACAGGAGAUCCUAUCAUUUAAAAAAAACAAUCUUUUUAAGAGUUGAAGUAUAAACCAAGAAAACUGCACAAUUAACGUAAGUAACUCAAAAAAACAACAAAGAAUAAGAAAUUAAACAAAAUUCAUAUUAAAACUUUCAAAAAUUAAACAGAAUCAAAUAAUUAAGAAUUCAUAAUUAAAAAUAAUUAAAUCAGUCUUAUAGAAAAUAAUGAUAAUAAACCUAAUGUUUAAUGUCUUUAAUUAUAAAAUGAUAUUCCUUAUUCAGAUUAACAAGAAUAAAUAUAAUAUCAAAAUUAGAUUCCUGUAAUUAAUAAUAUUUAAACAUUAAAUACUUAAAACAAUCUGUUUUAAUCAAUUUCCCAAUAAUAAUAAUAAUAAUAAUAAUAAUAAAAUUAGAAUUAAUUAAUCUAUCAAAGUUAUAGAAAUUAAAUGGAAGAGUACCAUCAAUAUUAAUAUAAAAUGAUAAUGGAAUAAUAUAUGAAACAAUUUUAAUCUAAUUACAAUGCUAUAUCACCAAUCUCUAUAAUUAAUCAAACUCCAAUGACCUAUACACCUACAUAAUAAUUUCAAUUUUAUUAAAAUACAUUUACUUCUCCUUAAUAGAAUUAUAGUCCUAAUUUAGAUAACAAUUCACCUAAAUUAUAACAAUUUUACUGGUAAAUUCAACAGCAAAAUUAUGAUUAAUUUUAGAAUGAAUAAAUAAGACAAAUGCAAUUUGUAUUUAUUAUAAACUUUAUUAGAAUAAUAAAUUAGAGUUUUUAAAUUCGAAUAAUCUUGUAAAUGAUUGGAAAAGAAAAAGAGUUAAUUAAAAGUAAAAUUCGUAAUUUUAAUUUAUGGAUUCCUUAGAUUAAUGA